AACCGGAUUGUCAAGAACGAUUUUCGGCGUAAAAGAAAUCGGAGCGUGCCUUGAAGAAAACGCGUGUUUUGUGUGCCAUUUUGCCGUUUUGUGCCCGGAAAGCGGAUCCGCUCAGGAAGAAACUUCCUCCCGAUUAGUAGUUUGUGCGUUUUAGUUACAAAGAAAGAGUAAAACUAUUUCACAAUGUUUUGGGGACUUAUCAUCAAGGAGGGCAAGAAGUACUCCAACGUGGUGGAGAAAGAGUUUAAGCUCACGAACGCCGCGCUCGAUCUCACCAACCAGAGCGGCGAUGUGCAGGUCCUGAUAACGGCGCAAGACGUUACUUACCUGCUCUGCACGCUCAACCGCCAAGUGCCGCAGACGCUGCUCAACAAACGCUUCGCCUCCGGUGAAGAGAUCUGUUUCGCAAUCAAGGGCAAGGGAGCGGUGCAUCUGACGGGGAACAUCAUCGAGGACGUCUAUGAUUUUGACGAAGAGAUGGAGGACGAAGAAGACGAAGAUGAGGAGCUGCAGCUGGCGAACGGUGGCGGCGCCAAGGGGGUUCGUGAAUCCAAGAAGGCGGCCAAGAGCAAGGUCGCGCAGGAGAUUGCCUCCGGCCAGGUGUCAUCCGAUGAAGACGAGGACGAUGCCACCUUCAACGCGUCGGCGCUGGACGAUAGCGCUCUGAACGGCGGCGAAGAGGACAGCGAGGAGGAGGAGGAUGAUGAGGACAGCGAGGACGAUGGCGGAGAGGAUGACGAGGAGGAGGAGGAUGAUGACGACGAGGAGGAGGAGGAGGAAGAGGAUGACGACGAGGAGGAGGAAGAUGAGCAGCCGAGAGCCAAGCAGGCUAAGCUUUCGCAGGAGGCCAAGAGCGCCUCGCAGAACGGCAAGGCCAAGGACGCGAAAGAGGCCUCUAAAAAGCAACCGUCGAACGAGAACAACCCGGCCGUUCGGAAGCUGCAGGAUGGGCUCAUCGUGGAGGACAUCAAGGUCGGAUCCGGACCGGAAGCAAAGCCUGGCAAGAAGGUGGCCGUUUACUACGUCGGUCGGCUGAAGCAGAACAACAAGGUGUUCGACAGCACAUCUUCCGGUGCCGGCUUCAAGUUCGCGCUCGGCCGCGGCGAAGUCAUCAAGGGCUGGGAUCUCGGUGUGGCGGGGAUGAAGGUGGGCGGCAAGCGUCGUCUGACCAUCCCGCACAAGCUGGCCUACGGAACGAAGGGCAGUCCGCCGGUCAUUCCUCCCUGCAGUACGCUCGUGUUCGAGGUAGAGUUGAAGAAGGUGCUGUAAGGCCGAGGGGAGGAGGUGCUGUUCCGGGUACUUUUAUUCUUUCUCCGUUUUUCUCUUAAAUUCCUAUAAAAUAUACAAAUAAAGAUGCAGCAUUGUACGAUGCUACCUAA